GAAGACAUCCAACAAGAAGCGCCCGAGGAAGAAAUCCCACAAGAGACGCCAGAAGAUAUUCAGGAGGAAAUAGGCUUCGAUCAUCCACCAGAGCGCUUGGCCGUGGUCGGGGCUCCAAUUGCUGGUGACGUGAGCGUCGACAAAUCUGUGAAGAAGGACGUUCGGAGCUGGGACAUGCCAGUUCUCUUGAAGUCUCGUGCUCAUGCAUUUGACAUCAUUUGAGACACCACCUGUUGGUGAGGGGUGUGGGCAGAACACAAGAAUCGUGUCCUGAAGUCGAUCAUGGUCAGACAUCUAUAGUCUGGAUGGCUGCAAUCUCCAUGGUUGAUACCCCUCAAAUAAUAUUCUUUUCAUUUGGGUUGUCAACCAGCCAGGGUUUGACCCUCACACAGAUGCC